UUCAUGCAGUGGUUUCAUGAACAUAAACCAAUCAGAGGGGAUCUAGCAUCACAAACUUUCCUUUUUGAACUCUGAACUCUGAUGCUGGGGUAUCCCUUCAGUAAACCAUGCCAAAAAGCUUAAAUUGAGAAUGAAAAUAGACAGACAGUUCUAACAUUCCUGCAGAUAAAGAUAUAACUGGUGUACGAAUUGACUAUGGCUUCACUUCAUCCCACAGUUUCAGAGUAUUAUACAGAUAAAAACGUUUUCAUAACAGGAGCUACAGGUUUUAUUGGGAAAGUGUUGUUAGAAAAACUGUUAAGGAGUUGUCCUAAUGUCGGAAAUCUGUAUUUAUUAGUUCGACCUAAGAAAUCUCAAGACUGUCAUCAAAGGAUCACAGAAAUCUCACAGUCUCCCGUAUUUGACAAAGUCAGAGCUGAAAAUCCUAACUUUCACAAAAAACUGAUUCCAAUCCAUGGUGAUAUAACUGAAGAAGCUCUGGGUAUCAGUGAAGAAAAUGUUGAGUUAUUGGAGAAUCAAGUCCACAUCGUGUUCCAUAGUGCUGCAACAAUAAGAUUUGAUGAACCGCUUAGUAACAGUGAGGAAAUCGAUUCAAGCAGUGCCAAAUCAGGCUCUGCAUUAAGAGUUGCGAUGGAAAUGAAUGUUUUAGGAGUAAGAAAAAUGAUUCAACUGUGUAGUAACUUUAAGAAACUAGAAGUGUUUGUUCAUGUGUCAACAGCAUAUGCUAAUUGUGAUCGACCAUUCAUAGAAGAAAUGGUUUACCAACCUAGUGUUGAACCACAGAAACUCAUAGAUGCUUUAGAUUGGUUGGAUGAUGAGAUGCUUGAUCAAAUUACUUCAAAAUUGAUUGGUGACAAACCCAAUACAUAUACCUUCACAAAACAGCUGGCGGAACAUUUGUUGAUAAAGGAAGGUUCAAAUCUACCUCUAGCAAUCUUACGUCCUUCAAUAGUCGGUGCUUCAUGGAAGGAGCCAUUUCCUGGUUGGAUAGAUAACUUUAAUGGACCAAGUGGACUUUACGUGGCAGCUGGUAAAGGAAUUUUACGAUACAUGAAUUGUGAUGCAAUGGGUGUAGCAGACAUAAUUCCUGUAGAUAUUCCUGUUAACAUGAUGAUCACUAUGGCAUGGUACACAGCAGUAUACAAGCCAAGUACAGUACCAAUAUUCCACAGUACCUCAGGAUCUGUAAAUCCAUUCACAUGGGGAGAAAUAGAGAAUGUAGUUAUGAAUUUUUGGAAGAAAGUUCCCUUAGAUUCCUGUUUCAGAAGACCAAAGGCACCAAUAGCUAAAUCUGGAUUUCUGCUAGAUUAUUAUAUAUUUGUUAGUCAUAUGAUACCUGCUUACUUUGCUGACUUAGGUUACUGCAUGCUUGGAAAACGACCAAGAAUGGUGAAGAUCUACAAUAAGUUACACCGAGCUAUGGGAACACUGACAUUCUUCACUACACAUUCAUGGGAAUGGACAUACAACAACUUAGACAUGUUAAAAAGUAAAUUGUCACCGGAGGAUAGAAGGUUAUUUUAUUUUGAUCCACGAGGUCUACACUGGCCGACUUACUUGGAGGCUUAUUGUUUAGGAGCUAAGAAAUAUUUACUGAACGAGGAUCUGUCAGGGUUACCAGCAGCUAAAGCUCAUCUCAGAAACCUGAGAAACCUUAGAUACAUUUUCAAUACAGUAGUGAUAGUGGCCUUGUGGAGGGUAUUGGUAGCACGCAGUGACAUUGCUAGAAAUCUGUGGAUGUUUAUAAUAGGACUUGUUACAAAAUUUGUUAAAUUCUUUCGAUUAACAAGUGCUGUGCGACGGUAACAGGAAAUUGAGGAUAAAUGGCAUGUUUGAUAAUAGUGCUGAAAAACAGAUAACAGAAGUGCAGAAGUCCAAGAACAAAUAUUUGUUAUAAUUAUUGAUGUAUUAGUCAAAAUCCAGCUCCAUUAGGGAAUGACAAUGUGUGAGAUAUGGUUAUGUCAAGGCAACACUUUAAUUUACUGUGUUUAUAUCUUCUUAAACAUUUAUUUUUAUUUUAAGAAAAAAACUAUUUUUACAUGUAUGUCAUUUAUUUAUUUAAAAUGAAAUUUUCCUUCAUCUCUAGCUUGAGAUAUUGCUGCUUAUUCCAAGGUUGAUAUGUACUUUAAAAACUGCUAUUAAGAACUAAUUGUUAUUCAGGAAUGAUUGAAAAAGUAUGGAAGUUGAACAAAGUUGCUGAUUACUUUUAAAAAAUUACAUGUUUAAGUAAAUAUAAAGCAAUAUGACAUUUAAUUGCUUUUGUAAGACAAAUGAUUUUUUGAUUGUGUUUUAAAGUGUAUGCUCCAGUUAAUUCUAGUCUAAACAAAAUAUUGAAUUGUCCUCAUUGUGCUUGAACUAUUUUUCACUGAAUGUUAGGGAAGCAACAAUCAACCAAAAUAGUGUUCAAGGGGCUUAAUUCUGUAAGAAAGUUAAUCAUGAAUAAUGGCAAAAAGUCUUUGCAUAUAAAGGCCUGUAAUGAAAUGAAUAUGUUGAUACUUUGAGAAAAGAAAUAUUUUUCUUUCAUUAUAAUCUGUAUAUAUCAAUAUACAUUGUCUUUCUA